AUGGCUCCCUCUCAAUGUGAUGGUGGGACGGCCGUCAGCACCUUAGACGAUGAAAGUGACAGUGAUGCCAGCUCCGUUCUGAGCCAGAUCUUUUCAGACAACGGGUCCGACGAUGAGUCUGCUAGUGAUCUGGAUUCAGACCAAGACGAAUCCGAUGAUGAGAGCGAUUCAGAUGACUAUGAUCUCCAUGAUAAAGGUCAACUCUCGGCGGAAGAGUAUCUGGCCAUAGCGGAGAAUCUCAAUGUCUCUCAGCUUCGACAGAAACGAAUAGGUUCUGCCGGAAAAUUCAUGUGGACCCCGUUCAGUAAUGGAGGUUCAUCUCCAGCUCUGAUGAGACAGUGCGGUUUCUUUGUGCCUUCUUUAGCUAGCGAUAGAGGAUGUUAUAGCACUGGUAGCGACUGA